AGUACUAUAUUUUCUAUGGUAAUAAAUAAUAUUAGUCUGAAGGUUGUUGUUAUAACAGGGGCAAGUUCUGGUUUGGGAGAAGCUCUUGCACAUGAAUUUUAUAAACAAGGUUGUCGAGUAGUUUUGUGUGCAAGGAGAAGACAAGAACUAGAAAGGGUACGAAAUGACCUUUUACAUACCCAUUGUCUAGUGCCAACACAUCAACCCAUCAUUGUACCAUUAGACUUAUGUGAUAUUAAAAGCUUAACAUCUCAUGUUAAUAAAAUAAUUUCGAUAGCUGGUCAAGCAGAUAUUUUAGUGAAUAAUGGUGGUAUAUCACACAGAGGUACUGUUCUUUCUACUGAUCUCGAAGUAGAUGAAACAAUUAUGAAAGUAAAUUACUUUGGAUCAGCUGCUUUAACAAAAGCCGUCUUACCUUCUAUGAUAAAAAGACGACAGGGACACAUAGUAUUUAUAAGUUCCGUUCAGGGUUUGGUCGCUCUACCCGAGAGGUCAGCAUACAGUGCAUCCAAACAUGCUUUACAAGCAUUCAGCGAUAGCUUGCGUGCCGAAGUAGCUUGUAACAAUAUAUUCGUUACAGUUGUUAGUCCAAGUUACAUUAAAACUAAGUUAUCCCUAAAUGCUUUGACAGGUUCUGGUGAAACGUAUGGACAAAUGGAUGCUACAACAGAAGCAGGAUAUAGUCCAGAAUUUGUGGCAGAAAAGAUUGUCAAAGCAGUAGUUGAAAAGAAAAAAGAAAUAAUUAUUUCAACGUUAUUACCAAAAUUAGCAAUAUUUUUAAGAAAGUAUUUGCCUUGUUUGUAUUUUUUGAUAAUGGCACACAGAGGUAAAAAAUCUUCAAAAUCGGAUGAUAACUGA